GGAUGGUAAUAAUAAUGAUAAUGUGAACCAGUUGUUUAUAAUAUUCGAUUUUUUUGACAAAUGUCAUAAAAUGCUGAUUUUUUUUGUUAGCUUGAAGCUAAAUCAUCAAAAUGUCAAAAUAUAAUAAUGAAAUAUUUCAAUCUGUAUGGAAUAUCCUCGUGAAUUUUUUUUAAUUGAACUUCUAAAAUAAAUGUGGUUAUCAAAAUUAUUAAAGUCCUGUAUUUUGUUUUGGCUAUAAUCAUGAAAAGUAUAAUCAAAAAUAACUAUAAUAAGUAUAAUCAAAAACCAUUGAAAAUGUUUAAAUCAAAUGUAUCGGUAUCAGUAUCGGCAUAGCUGGUCUUGGUAUUGCUCGACAGUGUGCAGUAUCGGCCGGGAUAGCGGUAAUAAUAACGGUAGUGUGAACCAGUUGUUUAUAAUAUUCGACUUUUUUAAAAAAUGUCAUGAAAUACUGAUUAUAUAUUUUGUUUAUUAGCUUAAAGCUAAAUCAACAAAUUUUCAAAAUAUAAUAAUAGUUCAAUCUGUAUAGAAUAUCGUGUGUUUUUUUUUUUUUAAAUUGAACUCCUAAAAUAAAUGUGGUUAUCAAAAUGUAUUAAAGUUCUGUAUUUUGUUUUACUAUAAUCAUAAAAAGUGUAGUAAGUAUAAUCAAAAACCAUUGAAAAUGUUCAACUAUGUAUCGGUAGUGCUGGCCUUGGUAUCGCUCGACAGUGUGCAGUAUCGGCCGGGCUAGUGGGAUAGCGGUAACAACCGCGUGGCACUCGGGGGUCACGAGCCGCCAGGAUGGGCUCGGCGAGGCGGGGCCCGCUGCUCACAUUUCCGGCGCAGUGAGACCUUCCGCCCGGCCUCCGCCGAUCUACAAGCGCGGCCGCUCGACGGGCGGCGGCAUCCAUGUUACUUGUAGAUCCACUAACGGGGGCGGGGCCUAUCCCGCCGUCUCAGCAUCCUUCCACAAGUGGGAGGUAAAAAAAAAAAAAAAAAGCGAGAAGCCCAAACAAGUUUUUCCGCGACGACGUUGAUGAAAAAGGCGAUGUUUGACGGAGGCGACUAACGGUCGCGAAGAUGAUAACUUAGCCGCCCGGCUUGUGGCGAAAGUGCGCGAAAAAGUUGCUCCGCCAUGGCGAGCGGGGUGGCUUCCAAAGUGAAGCGGAGGAAGAAGGGCAAAGAGUACAAAAGCAGGACCGUCCACGCCAACGACGUGACGCGGGAAGAGAAGCCGCAGGCGGGCUACGCCGACAACCAGAUCAAGACCACCAAGUACACUCUGCUCUCCUUCCUGCCCAAGAACCUCUUCGAGCAGUUCCACCGCUUCGCCAACGUCUACUUCGUCUUCAUCGCCCUGCUCAACUUCGUCCCGCUGGUCAACGCCUUCCAGCCCGAGCUGGCGCUGGCCCCGGUGGUCUUCAUCCUGUCCGUCACCGCCAUCAAGGACCUGUGGGAGGACUACCGGAGGCACCGAUCGGACCAGGAGAUCAACCACAUGGACUGCCUGGUCUACGCCAGAUUGGAGCGGCGCUACGUGGAAAAGUUCUGGAAGGAAGUGCGCGUUGGCGACUUCAUUCGGCUGAGGUGCAACGAGAUCCUGCCCGCCGACGUCCUGCUGCUGAGCUCCAGCGACCCCGACCGCCUGUGUCACAUCGAGACGGCCACGCUGGACGGCGAGACCAACCUCAAGCAGAGGCAGGUGGUCCGCGGCUUCUUCGACCUGGAUUGCGAUUUCGACCCGUCCAAGUACAACAGCGUCAUCGAGUGUGAGAAGCCCAACAACGACCUCAACCGAUUCCGAGGAUACAUAAUCCACCGCAGCGGCCGAAGGGAGGCGCUGUACAAAGACAACCUGCUGCUGAGGGGCUGCACCAUCCGCAACACGGAGGAGGCGGUGGGCAUCGUCAUCUACGCAGGUCACGAGACCAAAGCCAUGCUGAACAACAACGGCCCUCGCUACAAGCGCAGCAAGCUGGAGAGGCAGAUGAACGUGGACGUCUUCUGGUGCGUGGUCAUCCUGCUGGUCAUGUGCUCCUUCGCCGCCGUCGGGCACGGCCUGUGGAUGUUCCAGUACGGCGAUAAGAGGCCCGUCUUUGAUGUCCUCAGUCCAGAGGGGACCGACUUAUCGCCCGUCCUGUCGGCCAUAUAUCUCUUCCUCACCAUGAUCAUCGUCUUCCAGGUGCUGAUACCCAUCUCGCUCUUCGUGUCCAUCGAGAUCGUGAAGAUCUGCCAGGUGUACUUCAUCCACCAGGACGUGGAUCUGUACGACGAGGAGACCGACUCGCAACUGCAGUGCAGGGCUCUCAACAUCACCGAGGAUCUGGGACAAAUGCAGUACAUCUUUUCCGACAAGACGGGCACGCUGACCGAAAACAAGAUGGUGUUCCGACGCUGCAACGUGGCAGGUGUGGAGUACUCGCACGAUGCCAACGCUCGGAGACUGGCCAUGUACCAGGAGCUGGACUCGGAGGAGGACGAGUGCACGUCCCACGGCGGCACUCUGCCCCGGCGAGACAGCGCGGCGAGCCACCACAGCGUGCGGGUGGUGCUGCGCUCCCAGAGCACCAAGUCCCACCGCAGGACGGGCAGCAGGGCGGAGGCCAAGCGGGCCAGCAUCCUGUCCAAACACACGGCCUUCAGCAGCCCCAUGGAGAAGGACGUCACGCCCGACCCUCAGCUGCUGGACAAAGUCAAUGAAUGCGGCAGUCAGGUGGACCUCAUGCGCUUCCACAGCCAGCCCGUGUCCCAGCUGCCCUCGGACCUCUCGGACAUCCUGGAUUUCUUCAUGGCGCUCACCAUCUGCAACACGGUGGUGGUGUCCUCGCCCGACCAGCCCCGCCACAAGGUCCGUGUGAGGUUCGAGCUCAAGUCCCCAGUCAAGACCAUCGAAGACUUCAUCAAACGCUUCACGCCGAGCCGUCUGACCUCGGGCUCCAACAGCAGCAGCUCUUCAAGCCUCAACCGCUCGUCCAACAAAGGUUGUUCCAGCGCGCUUUCCUCCCCCUCGGCCGAGAGCACCCUCACCAAGCUGGAGGAGGAGGUGGCGGCGGCGGCGGCGGCGGUUCACGGCGGCCUGCAGAGCGCCUUAAGUGCCGUACUGCCCUCUUACAACGAGAAGCCCCCGAGCACGGACCUUCGUUACGAGGCCGAGUCGCCGGACGAGGCGGCGCUGGUUUACGCCGCCAGGGCCUAUAAGUGCUCCCUGGUCGGACGCCUCCCGGACCAGGUCACCGUAGACCUGCCCCACCUGGGGAAGCUGAACUUUGAGCUGCUGCACACUUUAGGCUUCGACUCCACCAGGAAGCGAAUGUCCGUGGUGGUCAAACACCCUCUGACGGACCAGAUCACCGUCUACACCAAAGGAGCCGACUCCGUCAUCAUGGACCUCAUCAAGACUCCCAACACAGGCAACUCCAACGGAAAGCGUCAGAAGAAGAUCAUUUACAGGACCCAGAACUACCUGAACCUGUACGCCGCGGACGGCCUCCGCACGCUCUGCAUCGCUAAAAAGGUCCUCACUAAGGAGGAGUACGCCUGCUGGCUGCAGCGCCACCUAGAGGCGGAGACGGCCAUCCAGGGACGGGAGGAGCUGCUGUUUGAGUCGGCAUCGCGCCUGGAGACCAACCUCCAGCUCUUGGGUGCCACGGGUAUCGAGGAUCGUCUGCAGGACGGCGUUCCCGAAACCAUCGCCGCUCUGCGGAAGGCCGGCCUGCAGAUCUGGGUGCUGACGGGCGACAAACAGGAAACGGCGGUCAACAUCGCGUACGCCUGCAAGCUGCUGGACCCCGAGGAGGAGAUCUUGACUCUGAAUGCUGAUUCUAUGGAGGCGUGCUCCUCGCUGCUGGAGGAGAGUUUACACUACAUCCAGGACAAGUUCCUCGCCGCCAACUCCCCCGCCUUUGAGAUCCGCCCCUCGCCGCCCUCCGCGUCCCACGCCGCGCCCGUCGUCGCGCACCGCCUGGGCCUGGUGAUCGACGGCCGCACCUUGGCCUAUGCCCUGGACAAGAGCCUGGAGGACAAGUUCCUGGCGGUGGCGCGGAGCUGCCGCUCGGUGCUCUGCUGCCGCUCCACGCCGCUGCAGAAGAGCAUGGUGGUGAAGCUGGUGCGCAACAAGCUGAAGGUCAUGACGCUGGCCAUAGGUGACGGGGCCAACGACGUCAGCAUGAUCCAGGUGGCCGACGUGGGCGUAGGCAUUUCCGGGCAGGAGGGCAUGCAGGCGGUCAUGGCGAGUGACUUUGCUCUCCCACGUUUCCGGUACCUGCAGAAGCUCCUUCUGGUGCAUGGACACUGGUGCUACUCACGUCUGGCCAACAUGAUCCUCUACUUCUUCUACAAGAACGCCAUGUUUGUGGCGCUCAUCUUCUGGUAUCAGUUCUACUGCGGCUUCUCGGGCUCGGCCAUGAUCGAUCAGUGGUAUCUCAUCUUCUUCAACCUCAUGUUCUCCGCCUUCCCACAACUCAUCACCGGCACCCUGGACAAAGAUGUGUCUGCAGAGACGCUGCAGCUCCUACCUCAGCUUUAUGUCAGCGGACAGAACUCAGAGGAGUACAAGCCAUACAUGUUCUGGAUGAACAUGAUCGACGCCUGCUACCAAAGUCUGGUCUGCUUCUUCAUCCCUUACUUUGCCUACGCCGACUCCGACGUGGACCUGUUCACGUGGGGGACCCCCAUCACUACGCUGGCCGUCUUCACCAUUCUGCUGCACCUGGGCAUCGAGACCAAAACCUGGACCUGGAUGAACUGGCUGUCCAUCUGCUUCAGUGUGGCCCUCUUCUUCACGGUGGCCCUCUGCUACAACGCCUCCUGCCCCACCUGCUACUCCCCCUCCAACCCUUACUGGUCCAUGCAGAGGCUGCUCCAGGACCCCCUUUUCUACCUGCUUUGCCUCAUCACACCUGGAGCCGCCCUGCUGCCCAGAUUCUUCUACCGGGCGUGUCAAGGCACGCUGUUCCCCAGCCCGCUCCACGUCGGACGCCAGCUGGACAAACUCCCCGCCGAGACGCGCAGGAACCUCCUGAGCCUGAGCGGGGUCGCAACGGGGCCACAGGCAGGCCCCAAGCCUCCCGCCGCCUCACCGGCGAUGCCCACGUCUCCCGACGGGGCCAAUAACGGCGAGCGGACGAGUCCGGGGAAGAGUCUGUCGUCUCUGCACACGCCACUUCCUGCAAACAUGGACGCUCUUCUUUACGCCGCAGGAAAGUCGCCGCCCCCUCCCGCCAAAGACCCCCGGCUCCUCCACGAGACGCUGGAGCGGCCCGACGCCAGUCUGUCCGUGCGGAUCGCCCCGGCGGACGGCGGCCCGCGCUGCGUCAAGUACACCAGGACCUCCGAGGGAAGACUGGAACGCGACACAGCGUGAAUAUUUGCACCAGCAAUUUUUAUUGUCUUUUUCAAUUUGGUACUUUAUUUCACAAAGAUGCUUUUAUUUUGGCGACUGGAUGAUGUUUAUUUUCAAGGCAAAGCCUGCAUGAUGUGUUUUAUUUGUUAGUUUGACAUCUCAGUGCUGGUCGGCUCUCCAAGAGGCAGAGUUCUCCUUCUGCUGCUGCAUUUGACCUUUUUUUUAAUCUAUUUUUGUAUUGUGUGUUUUUAAAAAAUAGCACAAUCAGCACAAAGUCACAUGACCUCAGUCCAAAGAGACACACUGAAAAGCAGAAAUAUUCACGGGAAUAAAGCUAAAAAUUACAUGAAAGUUUGCAGGGUUAUAAAAAUAACUUUUUAACAGUUAAAAAUGUCAAAAAAUCUCAUGCAAACUCAUAUAUUUUUUUUUUUAUUCCUCAUAAUAAUUCACUUAUGUCCUAUCCUUUUUUGCUUUUGAGUGUGGCUCUAAUACUUAGGAGAGAACGAUGUAUUUUUAUGCAACCAAACAGAAAAAUUGAUUUGCAACCAAAAAAUAUAUAUUUAAACAAAAAAAACAGAUUUGAUAUUAAAAAAAAAUAAUAAUAAUUUAAACAAAAAACAGAUCUGAAAUUAAAAUAAAUAUUUUCAAACAAAAAAUGGAUUUCAAAUUAAAAGAUAAAUGUUUAAAAACAUAAAUGGAAAAAAAAACAUUUGUUUUUCCAAGCAAAAAUAGGUAUUUGAAAUUUUUAAACAAAAAAAAAUGAUUUUUUAAUUUAAAGAUAAAAUAAUUUCAGACAAAAAAUUUAUUUGAAAUUAAAAGAAAAUAUUUUCAAACAAAAAAUGUAUUUGAAACUUAAAAAGAAAAUAUUUUGAUUAGAAAUUUAAAAUAUAUUUUCAAACAAAAAAUGUAUAUCAAAUUAUCCAUCCAUUUUCUACCACUUGUAUAAAAUAUUUUAAAACAAAACAAUAAAAUUAAAAUAUAAAUAAUCUUUUUUUAAACAAAAAAUUUAUUUGAAAUUUCAAAACAUUUUCAAACAAAAAAUUUAUUUGAAAUUUAAAGAACGUCUUUUCAAAACAAAAAAAAUGGAUUUAACAUAUUUUUGAACACAAAUGUAUUUCAAAUUAAAAAAUAAAGAUGUACAAAUAAAAGAUAAAUCUGAAUUUGUUUUUGUUUCUUAAUUCAAACAAAAAAAUAGAUUUUAAAUUUCAAACAUUUUUAAAACAUGACAAAUUGGAUUUGACAAAGAAAAUAUUUUCACACACAAAACGAAUUUGACUUGUCCAGGGUGUACCCCGCCUUUCGCCCGAAUGCAGCUGAGAUAGGCUCCAGUACCCCCUGCCACCCCAAAAGGGACAACCGGUAAAAAAUGGACGGAUGGAUGGAUGGAUGGAAAACCAAUUUGAAAUUUAAAAGAUAUUUUCAUAAACAAAAAUGUAUUUCAAAUUAUAAAAUGUUUAAAAACAUAAACAUUAAUUUGAAAUAUAAAUAAUGUGUUUUGAAACAAAAAAUGUAUUUGAAAUUUAAAAAAAAUUUCAAACACAAAAUGAAUUUGAAAUUAAAAAAUAAAAUACUUUUAAAAUAAAACGGAUUUGAAAUUAAAAGAAAGUAUUUUCAAAAAAAAAUGGAUUUAACAUAAUUUUAAACAAAAAUGGAUUUCAAAUUAAAAAAUAAAUAUGUAAAAAUAAAAGAUACAUCUGAAAUUUAAAAAAAUUUAAAUUUAAAACAAAAAAAUGGAUUUCAAAUUUCAAACAUUUUCAAAACAUAAAAAAUUGGAUUUGCCAAAAAAAUAUUUUCACACACGACUGAUUUGAAAUUUAAAAGAUAGUUUCAAACAACAAAUUUGACAUAUUUUUAAAUAAAUUUAAAAAUUAAAUAUUUACAAAUAAAAAAUAAAUCUGAAAAAAAAAAGAUUUUAAAUGUUUUACAAAUAUUUUCUAAACAUCAAAAAAUUAGAUUUGACAAAGAAAAUAUUUUCACACACAAAACGGAUUUGAAAUUUAAAAGAUAUUUUCAAACAAUAAUUUAUUUCAAUUUAUAAAAUUAAUUUGAAAUAUAAAUAAUAUUUUUUGAAAAUUAAAAAUGUAUUUUAAAUUUAAAAAUAUUUUCAAACAAAAAAUUAAUUUUAAAUUUAAAAAUAAAAUCCUUUACUUUACAAAAUAUUUUCCAAACAUAAAAAAUAGGAUUUGACAAAGAAAAUAUUUUCACACAAAAAACAGAUUUGAAAGAAGAAAAAUAUGUAAGAUAAAACAUUAUUUGUACAUUUUUUUUGGAUUACAAUUUUCUGAGGGGUUCAAAUCCUUUUUUUUUUGGUUGACCAAACUUCAAUCUUGUGGGCGGUGCCUCCCCUAAACAAUAUGUUAGAAGCCUUUUUAUGGUCAGUCACAAAUAUGGCAUUACCAUAUAUGGGCGUGACUGCCGACUACUUCUGCCCUCAACACGUUUGGAGGGGCAAUACCAAAGACUUGGGUUGGCGAUACUGACCAAUAUUCUUCCAUUGUUCAGAGGAGGCCCCGCCCACAAGAUUGAAGUUGAGCCAUAACCAAAAUAAAACGAUUUGCUCCAAAACCUUUAAAUUGCAAAUCCAUAUUUAGUUAGUUUGCAUGAAACGCCACAUCGUACUCCUCUGUUGAUCAGUGCAGGUUUAAAUCUUUGCUGGAAUGUCCUCGCCUUUUAAUGCAGUUAAUAACUCUUCUAGCACAUUCCAAAGAUAAUUUUUCAUAUCUGCUGUUUGUGUGUGAUGUCAUUGUGUUUUAACAGUGUCAGCCAGAAGGAAACUUUUUCACCUCCGAGCUUAGCACGGGGAAGAGUUCUAUUCAUGUUCACAUCUAGCGCCUCCUAGCUGCAGCUCCUUGUCAUAUUGAAGCCAAACAUUCCUCAACAUAAGCUACCGGUCCCGCUUUACUUGAAGGUCUUUUUUCAAAAGAUGAGUUAUUCAAAGCUGGAAACCAAAAACAUUUAACGGUGCGAGCCAAAGCUAAAAGUUGAAGCUUUAAACUUUUCUGAAAGCACUUUGACGUUCAACAGCUGCACGCCUUUUUGCAGACAGAUGGGAAAUAUGUUUGUUUUUUAUAUAUAUAUUGUGGUGCAACUUGCAAAAAACAUGAUGUCAUUGAACGCACCUGGAAUACUUCAAGUCUUGUUUGUGCGUGGUUCCCUGAAUGCAUCAUUUGUAUGUUCUCCAAGUAUGUGCCUUAACACUGGAUAAUAAAUGUUCCUCCUGAAGAUGCUCCUUGUAUCAUAUUCAUAUUCACCACCUUUCUCUACCUCCUGCUCAUUUGUCU